CUUCCGAAUGUACCAAGGUUAACAAUAUUGAAACAUUGCUUACACUCCUAAUGCAGUUACGCUCUCAAAUUCGCUGUCAUUCGUUUCCAUAACUACCAACAUCUUACUGGAAGAUGAAGUGAGAUCUGAGGUGGUGAGAGGGUCGUCGUCGUCGUUGAGAACGGUAGCAUGGAGAACAACGAACUAAUCUUAAACCAAACAUCGGGCGUUGGAGGCAAUGCUAGCGUUUCGAUGGGCGGAGAAGCAGGUGGAGGAUUGGAAGGAGCAGAGACGGAAUGGUCAGAUUUCCUUUUGCUGUUUAUCAGGGCGACUAUCAUGGGUCUGAUCAUCAUCGCCUCGAUAUUCGGUAAUCUUCUGGUCAUCGUCUCCGUGAUGAGGCAUCGAAAACUGAGAGUCAUCACCAACUACUUCGUGGUAUCAUUGGCGCUUGCUGAUAUGCUUGUGGCUAUGUUCGCCAUGACCUUCAACGCAAGCGUCCAGAUCUUCGACCGCUGGCUCUUCGGGUAUUUCAUGUGCGACGUCUGGAAUUCGUUGGACGUAUACUUUUCAACAGCAUCCAUCCUCCAUCUUUGCUGUAUCAGCGUGGACAGGUACUACGCCAUAGUGAGGCCCCUAAAGUACCCGAUCAGCAUGACCAAGAGGGUGGUCGCAAUAAUGCUGCUGAACACGUGGAUCAGUCCGGCUGUGAUCAGCUUCGUGCCCAUCUUCAUGGGAUGGUACACAACCACCGAAAACCAGGACUUCCGGAACGAGCAUCCGGACGUUUGCGGCUUUCGCGUAAACAAGGUGUACGCCGUCUUCAGCAGCAGCAUCUCAUUUUGGAUCCCGUGCACCAUCAUGAUCUUCACGUACUUCGCCAUCUUCAGGGAGGCCAAUCGACAGGAGAAGGAGAUGUUCAACAGGCACGGCGCAGCGCUUCUGCUGCAUCAGAACAACACCAACGGAGACAUGCUCAGCAAUUCCGGAGGAUCUUCGAAGACUUUGAUGCACGAAAUCAACCAGGAUCUACACCACACUCCAACCAAGGAACGUAAUAUUAUCAAGAUGAAACGCGAACACAAGGCUGCCCGCACGCUUGGCAUCAUUAUGGGAACGUUCAUCCUCUGCUGGCUUCCAUUCUUCCUCUGGUACAUCAGCACGUCUCUGUGCUCGAGCUGCGAUUGCCCGGACAUCGUCGUCACCGUCGUCUUCUGGAUCGGAUACUUUAACUCCACCCUUAACCCCAUAAUCUAUGCUUACUUCAACCGCGAGUUCAGGGAGGCUUUCAAGAACACCCUGCAGUGCGCCUUCUGUAGCCUCUGCAGACGCCCGCCCUCCGAUCUGGACUCCUACGAUGUGCGGAGACCCUCCAUCAGAUACGAUGACCGCACACGCAGCAUCUACUCUGAGACCUACAUGAAGCACAUCGACCGCAGGAGGAGCUCCGAAUUCGGCUCCAGCCUCUGAGUAGACCUAACUAGUAGCAGACUUACAACCACCAGCUUUUAAAUCUGCUACUAGUUAGUGUCACGAAUCCCCUAAAACCCAAAAAACAAAACCAACCAAGAGGAACACGAUUAUAUGAAAAAAAAAAAAUAUUUAUAAAAAAAAUAAUAAACCGGUGCUAAAUUAAAUCUCUUAACUAGUUAAGACUUAAACUAUAUAAAAAGCAAAAGGACUGAAGAGAAGAAUGAAUGCAAGACGAC